AUGAACAAUCCAUGGUUCACAAAUCGAACAAAACUGAUGAAGUACAUCCAUAGGAAUAUAAACAAGCGUGUGGUAAAGGAUCACAUGGAUGUAGGAGCGGAAGAGUACUGCAUUUUACUGACGAACCAGUGGUUUAACGAUAAAAUAAUUAAUUUUUAUUUUAAUCUGGUAAAAAUAUACGCUGCUACCUUUGGAACAAACGUGUACGUAUUUUCAACGUAUUUCUACACAUCGUUGAAGGCGAGGGGUAUUAAAUGGGUGCAGAAGUAUACGAAAGAUGAAAAUAUAUUCUUAAAUGACUACAUCUUCAUUCCUGUACAUCAAAAUAACCAUUGGGUGUUCAUUAGCAUAGAUGUUAACAGCAGAGAGGUAGAGUACUAUGACUCGCUGUAUGCUGAUAAUCGCACGGUACUCGACAUCAUCGAGUACUUGGAGUGUGAACGUGCGGCCAAAAAUCUGAAGACCGUAAAGUACGUAAUGGUUGCAAGGAAAUAUCCGAGACAGUGCAACGGUUAUGACUGUGGACUCUUUGUCUGUUUGUAUGCAAGGAACCGAAUCUUUGGGACGCACAUGUCUUUCGGUAGUAAGGAUUUGUACGAGUAUAGGCUUAGAUUAGCGCAUGAAUUGCUUGAAGGUGAGGUUAUUUACAGCCUGGGCCAUAGCUUUGGAUCGUAGGCAGAUGCUUAGGAUCACAACUCUGGAUGGUGAACGGGUGCUCUGUGAUAUAUGUCCAUCCAUACUGACAUUUCAAUGUCUAGCGGUUGAUAGGUUUGUAAACGACCUGGUGCACGGAACCAUGUUUAUUCUGAUGCAUCUUCACGGUCAUCCGCGUAUGCGCUGUCUAAUCUGGUAUUAUUUCACAUGA